AUGCAUGGUGCGGUGUGGACGCCGGAGCGGUUCUAUGCGGAGUACGAUGUGCCGGAGUGUAUGCCGCGGUAUAGGGGGCAGGUGCAAGAGUUUAUCUCGCGUCACAAGGCAACGGGCCGCAAAGUUGUGCUGAUCACGAGCGGUGGCACGACGGUGCCGCUCGAACAAAACAUGUAG